CCCUGCUCCCGGGCAGUUCUGCGGUGGCUCGGAGGCCCGGGACGCCGCGCGCGGCCCACUUUCGGGCGGCCCUCGAUCCCUGCAGCCCCCGUGGGACAGGCGUCACCCGCACGUCACCGCGGGGCCAGGCAGCCGCAGGCAGGAUGGACUCCGGCGCCUCUCCUCCGAGCCCCUCCCUCCCAGAGCCCCCGGCCCGCUCUCAGCUCAACGCCGCUGCCUCCGUGGAGCAGGAGAGGAGCGAGGUGCCCCCAGCCCCUGGCACCCAGGUUGGCCCUGGACCAGGUGUUGGAGAUGCAGCUGCCCCGGCCGAGCCCCGGGACUCAGGCACCAGGAGCAGAGAAGGAACGGCGGGGACAGGGCCUGCGACCGGAGACGCAGAGAUUCCCUUUGAGGAAGUCCUGGAGAAGGCCAAGGCCGGGGACCCGAAGGCGCAGGCCGAGGUGGGCAGGCACUACCUGCGCCUGGCCCAGGCCGAGGACGAGGAGCUGAACAACUGCACGGCCGUGGACUGGCUCAUCCUGGCCGCCAAGCAGGGCCGGCGCGAGGCCGUGAAGCUGCUCCGCCGCUGCCUGGCCGACAGGAGAGGCAUCACGUCCGAGAACGAGCAGGCGGUGAAGCAGCUGGCCUCCGAGACGGAGCUGGAGAGGGCCGUGCGCAAGGCCGCGCUGGUCAUGUACUGGAGGCUCAACCCCAAGAAGAAGAAGCAGGUGGCCGUGGCCGAGCUGCUGGAGAACGUCGGCCAGGUGGACGAGCACGAUGGAGGGGCGCAGCCAGGCCCCGUCCCCAAGUCUCGGCAGAAGCAGCGGCGGAUGCUGGAGCGCUUGGUCAGCAGCGAGUCCAAGAGCUACAUCGCGCUGGACGACUUCGUGGAAAUCACCAAGAAGUACGCCAAGGGCAUCAUCCCCACCAACCUCUUCCUGCAGGAUGACGACGAGGACGAUGAGCUGGCGGGCAAGAGCCCCGAGGACCUGCCCCUGCGCCUCAGGGUGGUGAAGUACCCACUGCACGCCAUCAUGGAGGUGAAGGAGUAUCUGAUCGACGUGGCCUCCAAGGCGGGCAUGCACUGGCUGUCCACCAUCGUCCCCACGCACCACGUCAACGCCCUGCUCUUCUUCUUCAUCAUCAGCAACCUCACCGUGGACUUCUUCGCCUUCGCCAUCCCGCUGGUGGUCUUCUACCUGUCCUUCGUGUCCAUGGUCAUCUGCACCCUCAAGGUCUUCCAGGACAGCAAGGCCUGGGAGAACUUCCGCACGCUCACCGACCUGCUGCUGCGCUUCGAGCCCAACCUGGACGUGGAGCAGGCCGAGGUGAACUUCGGCUGGAACCACCUGGAGCCCUACGCCCACUUCCUGCUCUCCGUCGUCUUCGUCAUCUUCUCCUUCCCUGUGGCCAGCAAGGACUGGAUCCCCUGCUCCGAGCUGGCCGUGGUGGCCGCCUUCUUCACCGCCACCAGCUACAUGAGCCUGAGCAGCUCGGCCGAGCCCUACACGCGGCGGGCGCUGCUCACCGAGCUGGCCGCCGGGCUGCUGUCCCUGCUGCCCGCGCUGCCCGGGGACAGCCGCUGCCUGAGGGCGCUGGGCCAGGCCUUCUGCACCGUGCCCCUGGGCCACCUGGUGGUCCUCAACGUGAGCCUCCCCUGCCUGCUCUACCUGUACCUCUUCUACCUGUUCUUCCGCAUGGCCCAGCUGCGGGACUUCAAGGGCACCUACUGCUACCUGGUGCCCUACCUGGUGUGCUUCAUGUGGUGCGAGCUCUGCGUGGUCCUCCUGCUGCAGUCCACGGGCCUGGGGCUGGUGCGCGCCUCCCUCGGCUACCUGCUCUUCUUGUUCGCGCUGCCCGUGCUGGCGGCCGGCCUCGCCCUCAUGGGCCUGGUGCAGUUCGCCCGCUGGUUCGUGUCGCUGGAGCUCACCAAGGUGGCCGUGACCCUGGCGCUGUGCUGCGUCCCCCUGCUCCUGCGCUGGUGGACCCGGGCCAGCUUCUCCGUGGUGGGCGUGGUCAAGUCGCUGACGCGCAGCUCCGUGGUCAAGCUCAUCCUGGUGUGGCUCACGGCCAUCGUCCUCUUCUGCUGGUUCUACGUGUACCGCUCGGAGGGCAUGAAGGUGUACAACUCCACGCUGACCUGGCCGCAGUACAGCGCCCUGUGUGGCCCGCGGGCCUGGAAGGAGACCAACAUGGCCCGCACGCAGAUCCUGUGCAGCCACCUGGAGGGCCACCGCGUCACGUGGACCGGCCGCUUCAAGUACGUGCGGGUGACGGAGAUCGACAACAGCGCCGAGUCGGCCAUCAACAUGCUGCCCUUCGUCGUGGGCGACUGGCUGCGCUGCCUGUACGGCGAGGCCUACCCGGCCUGCAGCCCCGGCGCCACGGCCACGGCCGAGGAAGAGCUGUGCCGCCUCAAGCAGCUGGCCAAGCACCCCUGCCACAUCAAGCGGUUCGACCGCUACAAGUUCGAGAUCACCGUGGGCAUGCCGCUGGGCGGCCACGAGGAGGACGACGUCACCAAGGACAUCGUGCUGCGCGCCAGCAGCGAGUUCCGCGCCGUGCUGCUCGGCCUGCGCCAGGGCAGCCUGGUGGAGUUCAGCACCAUUCUCGAGGGCCGCCUGGGCAGCAAGUGGCCCGUGUUCGAGCUCAAGGCCAUCAGCUGCCUCAACUGCAUGGCGCAGCUGACGCCGGCCCAGCGCCACGUGAAGGUCGAGCGCGACUGGCGCAGCGUCGUGCACGGCGCCCUCAAGUUCGCCUUCGACUUCUUCUUCUACCCCUUCCUGUCGGCGGCCUGAGGGCGCCCCCGUGCGCGUGCGCUGUGGCCCCCCCCCCUUCCCGGCGUUGCGGGCGCGGUCUGCGGGGCCCCUCCUGCGCCUCAGCCUCCGUGUGGAGUGUGUUUCUUAAAGAACCGCGUCCACGCCCGUGCGAGGCCGUGAGCCCGUCCUGGGCUGUGCCCGCUGCCUGAGCCCGGUCACCUGACCAAGGCCUGCCGCGGCCCUGCUGUCCCGUGGGUGGGGGGUGGGCCUGGGGGCCUGGCCUGAGCCCCCCGGGCUCUGCCCUGGAGCAGAAAGGCAGGGUCCUGAAACGGGCAGAAUAAAAUCCUGUGGUGAAGCCUGCA